AUGGGCGGUCGCCUGGGGCUGGGACGACAGGAGGAGCAGGUGGAUGGCUCCACGAUUCAGAACAUCGCCUACCAAUAUGCGCCCAACUGGGAAUGGCAAGGAGAUGAUGGCAUCUAUGUGCCCUACGAGUCUUCCGUCGCCCUGAAGUUGGAGAAGGCACAUUCCAAGAUGAAGGAGAACAGCGUGGACCGCGUCGCAGUGGGCCCAGGCACCGUGGACGUCCGUGCCAUGGUGCAGGAGACACCGGCACCGGCCGACGGAGCAAACGCCCUAAGCGUCCCGGUGGCACGGCGGAAGGUGCGGCGGAAGACGCGGGAGGAGGCGAAGCGCGGCCUGGCGGAGCCCAGUUGGAUCCAUCAGGAGGAGGAGGUGAUUAUUGCUGAGGUGGAAGCCGAGCAUGCUGAGGCAGAGCUUGUCAGGAAGAACUUCUUUGGCGAAGGAGGUUUGGACUCGCAGCAGUGGGGUAUCGUCUCCAUACAACGCGUCCAGAACCAACCCCUUCGCGAAGCUUAUUGCAUCGAGAAGCAGCUCAUGCUGCGGGAGCGAGGGGACGAGCAACUCAACGAGCAGCUUCUGUUGCAUGGCACCCGGAGCUCAGAUCCACAGUCGAUCAUCGAAGACCGUGAUGGCUUCAUGGUGGAGAAAGGUGCGGAGCGAGCCUUCUAUGGGCAGGGCUGUUACUUCGCGGAACUCGCGCAGUACGCACACCACUACAGCUACGGUGCUCAGGGCAGCCACCAACUGCUGUUCGUUGAUGUGCUUUGUGGGAUUGUCUACGAGAUGGGUGAGGAGCUAGAUCGUGCUGGCACCAAGUGCAAUCGUGCGUGGCUACGCAGCAAUGGCUACGACAGCGUAUGUGGCGGACCACAUCAACCGAAUCAGAAGGGGCCCGGCGCGAACCACUCGCGGCUCCAUGUGGUCUACCGUGCCAAUCAGACGUAUCCGCGCUUCCUGGUGACCUACAAGUCCAUCGUCCCUCGCGCCUUACUCAGCGCUCGUGCACCCUGCCGUAAGCGGACCAGCACCAGCGGCCGGACGAGCCUGGCACCGCCAAAAGCGCCCAGCAUGCGCUUUACGCCUGCGGAUGUGAAGGUGAGCCAUCAUGAGCAGAUCUUGGCGGUGGCCUGGCUAGAGGAUCAACUGUGCUUAGCCACCGUGUCGGCGGUGCUGUGGGACUGCAGUGCUGGGAUACGCCUGGAGCUGCCGCACGCGGCCCAGCGGGCGGCCUGGAGCGCUUCUGGACAACUGGCCCUGGCGCAGAAGAACCGCAGGCUACUGCUGCUGGACGCGUUUUGUGAGCAAAUACCCAUAGCAUCCGAACACCCAUCGCUCAUCCAGUCACUGUGCUGGUGCGGUGAGGACCUUCUAGCGACAGGGUCCAAAGACAGCAAGGUACGCAUCUUCACGGCUGAAUCCAAAGAGAAGCUCCAUGAGUACACCCACAGCUCUCCGGUGCUGUCGAUGGCCUUUGCUCCAUGCGGCCGUCCGACACUGGCCGUUGGCGGAUCGGACGGAAAGCUUUGUCUUCUUUCAACGAACAGCGGAACUCCUGAGCGCAUCGUCGAGCUUGGCAACUGGCUCACAGCGCUGGCUUGGAGUGCAAAUGGGGAGAGACUGGCUGCUGGCUGCGAUGAUGGCAAGGUCCAUAUUUUCAGAUCAGGUGCAGAGGAGCGGGCCAUUGCACAUGAGGAGCGCGUGUGCUCCUUGACGUUUCACCCCGACCCUGGUGUCCCCAUCGUCGCGGCGGGCGCCGUGAACGGGAAGAUCCGCCUCGUGAACACCACGGGCGGUGCCGAGACCGUGGCGCGCGGUGAAGAGGUGGCUACAAGCGCCACGUGGAACGCCGCAGGGGAUGCGCUGGCCGUGGGCUGUGAGGGCGGCACCUUGAGAAUCUUGUUCUUUAAGAGUGAGGAGAAAGCGAAGAGAGAGGUGAUCAAAAAGGAACGCGAGGUCGGACAAGGGUGUGAAGCAAAGCUCAGAUGGAGUGAUGAGUUGUUGAGUCGGGAGCAUUUGCAGGUUAUGAUCUAG